GCCGUGCUCCGGUUCCGCUUCCGGUGCGGGUGCCGCCAUGCCCGAGGCGCUGUCGCUGCUGUGCCGGGUGUCCGCGCACCCCGAGUCCCGCUGCUGGGCCCUGGCCUGGAGCCCCAGCGGGACCCUGCUGGCGUCCUGCGGCGGGGACCGCACCGUGCGGAUCUGGGGCCGGGACGGCCCGGGCUGGUCGUGCCGGGCGGUUCUGGCCGAUGGGCACCAGCGCACCGUGCGCAGGGUGGCCUGGUCGCCCUGCGGCCACUACCUGGCCUCGGCCAGCUUCGAUGGCACCACCUGCGUCUGGAAACGCCAGGAGAACGACUUCGAGGUGGUGGCCACGCUGGAGGGCCACGAGAACGAGGUGAAGUCGGUGGCCUGGGCACCCUCGGGGUCACUGCUGGCCACCUGCAGCCGGGACAAGAGCGUCUGGGUCUGGGAGGUGGACGAUGAGGAGCAGGAGUUCGAGUGUGUCAGUGUGCUCAGCGCCCACACACAGGACGUCAAACACGUGGUGUGGCACCCCAGCCAGGAGCUGCUGGCCAGCGCCAGCUACGAUGACACGGUGCGCCUGUACCGCGAGGACGAUGACGACUGGGUGUGCUGUGCCACCCUGGAGGGUCACACGUCCACAGUGUGGGCAGUGGCCUGGGAGCGCUCCGGCCAGCGCCUCGUGUCCUGCAGCGAUGACCGCACCCUGCGCGUGUGGGAGCGCUCCGAGAGCGGCAGUGGCACAGAACACAGCUGGAAAUGUGUGUGCACCCUGUCCGGGUACCACGGGCGCAGCAUCUACGACGUGGCCUGGUGCCACCUGACGGGCGCGGUGGCCACGGCGUGCGGUGACGACGCCGUGCGGGUGUUUGAGGAGGUGGCUGCGGUGGCCCCGGGUGACGCGGUGACGUUCAGCCUGGCCGCCCACGUGCCCCGGGCGCACGCCCAGGACGCCAACGGGGUGGCCUGGCACCCGCGGGAGCCGGGGCUGCUGGCGUCCUGCGGGGACGACGGGGACAUCGCCUUCUGGCACUACCAGCGCCCCGAGGGGCUCUGAGGGCACCGCCCGGCCUGGGGGUCCAGCACAGCCUGGGGGCUCCAGAGAGCUGGGGGCUCUGCGAGCCUCCUGUGGCUGCCAGGAACCUGCUGGGGCUAUCAGGACAACUUGGGGGCCUCUGGGAGCCUCCUGUGGCUACCAGGAGAGCCUGGGGGCUCCAUCACAGCUUGGGGGCUUCUGGGAGCCUCCUGGGGCUGCCAGGAACCUCCUGUGGCUACCAGGACAACCUGGGGGCUUUGGGGAGUCUCAUGUGGCUACCAGCACAGCUUGGGGGACUCCAGGAUCCUCUUGGGGCUACCAGGAACCUCCUGUGGCUACCAAGAGCCUCCUGGGGCUGCCAGGAACCUGCUGGGGCUACCAGGAGAGCCUGGGGGCUCCAGCACAGCUCAGGGUCUCUGGGAGUCUCCUGGGGCUACCAGGAACCUGCUGUGGCUACCAGCACAGCUCAGGGGCCUCUGGGAACCUCCUGUGGCUACCAGCACAGCCUGGGAGCCUUCAGCAUGGCCCAGGGACCUCCAGGAACCUCCUGUGGCUACCAGAACCAUCCAACAUCCUCCAGGACAGUCCAGAAACUUCUUGUGGCUACCAGGGUCACGCCCUGGCCUCCAGGACACUCUGGGGGCCACCAGGAGCCACCCAUGACCUCCAUGACAUUUCAGUGUCCCCAGGACAUCUUCACAUCCCUCAGGACCUUCCCAAGUCCUCCAGGACCCCCAAGUUCUCCAGAACUUUCCCAGUGGCCCCCAGGACCUUCUCAAGUCCUCCAGGACCCUCCCAAUGUCCCCUUCACAUCCUCCAGGACCUUUCCAAGUCCUCCAAGACCUUCCCAGUGUCCCCCACGUUCUCCAGGCCCUUCCAGUGUCCCCCAGUGUCCCCUUCACAUCCUCCAGGACCCUCCCACUGUCCUGCAGGAUCCCCCAAGGUGUCCAGAACUUUCCCAGUGGCCCCGAGGACCUUCCCAAGUUCUCCAGGACAUUUCAGUGUCCCCCAGGAUCGUCCCAAAUUCUCCAGGACCCUCCCAGUGUCCCCCAGGUCCCCUUCACAUCUUCCAGGACCUUCCCAAGUCCUCCAAGACCCUCCCAGUGUCCCCCAGAACCCCCCAGUGUCUCCAGGACCUUUUCAAGUUCUCCAGAACUUUCCCAGUGUCCCCCAGGUUCUCCAGACCCUCCCAGUGUCCCCUUGUCCCUCCCCAGUUGGGUUUGGGAUCCCUGUGGGAUGUCCUGGCCCAAAGCCAAUAAACCCAAAAACAUUU